AUGGGAAAGCUUCGUAAAGAUUUCCAUUUAUUGGGCUCACAUAGUGAUGAAAAUACAAACACGAAAUCUGAAGAAUCAGAUUCUGAAGAGAAUGAAGAGAAACCAAAUCCUUCUAAUGAUGAAUUUGAAGUUGGAAAAUUGUUAGCUGUUUAUUAUGGUGAUCCAAAUAACGUCAACAACAAAAAACUACAUUUCAAGAUUGGGAAUGCUAUGAUAGAUGACAACGCAACUGAUGAAGGGAUGUAUGAUUACUACUGGACACAUGCUCUAAACUCCGAUGAGACAAAUGCAAGGAUCAACGAGUAUUGUGGCUAUGGUUCUGGGAAUUUCUCAGCAAAGUGUUUUCAUUAUCAAAGCCAAUCAGGUAGUGAAUAUGGUGAGAUUGAUAUUUACAACAUCUACACCCCAUUCUGUGACAGAAGUAUCCAGAAACCUGCCACUGGAUCUGUCAAGAACUUUGAUCCUUGCUCUGAUGAUUAUGGCUCCUCAUAUCUGAAUCUAGCAGAAGUUCAAGAAGCUCUUCAUGCAGGAAAUACCUUAUGGGGAUUUUGCGCUGGUAUAGGAAUGAUAGACAACCCAACAACCAUUUUGCCUAUUAUCACUCAUCUUAUUGAAAAUGGAAUUAGAGUCUGGAUAUACAGUGACCAUUGGGUGCUAGUAGUACUAGGCCUGCCAAUGUUGAUACACAAUUGAAGCUUGAUAAGGUAAGGUGUGUGGAGAUUUGGGCUACUUAUGUCACAACAUUUAUUAGUGAUACAUGUAUUUGACAAUUACUUUUUGAUUAAUUUGGAACAUAAUUUUGUAUUUGACAAUAUGGUUUGUGUAAUGGAUUGUUUUUUCUAUAUUUAUGAUAUUUUAU